AUGGCUCCCCGUAACUAUUCAGAGUUGAGCAGGUCCCUCGGCCUGCUGGGAGAUCAAUUGCCAUGGUACUGGAAGGUCGUCUCCAUUAGUUCUGCGUGGUCUCUGUUGAUCGGCUUCAUCCUCCUCCCCUUCGCCAUGGAGCCAAACGAUGUGGAGCUGGGAGCAAACAGGAAUGCGCUUCUCGGAGCUGCUGUCAUCAUUCUCACGCUUGGAUAUCUUCUCAGCGCCCUUUACUAUGUGCGUUGGCGCAGAAGUAUCUAUCUCUUCAACUCUCUUUUCUUUGCCUGCUUUACGUCUUCCAUCCUGGGGCUGUUUAAUGUUAUUCUCAAUAUCCUAGUACGCAAGCUGCUGCCGAUGAGUAUGAUGUCCACCAUCAUCGUGGCCAUCUCCUGUGUUUCAACGGCCGCGUAUGGCUUUUUGGCCUUCUACUUUUCCGACUACUGGCUGUCGGUGACAUGUUCACGGCGACGAGGGCGAGCACGCACCCGAGCUGCUACUGAAGUGGCCCCCGACGACGCAGAGCUACAGCGGAGACAGCUUUUGCGCCUCUAUCUACGGCCGGAUAGGGCUCCCAGCGUGGAGCUAUCACAGAGCACAUUCCGGAUAGACCUUCCAGAGCAUCAGUCCGUCGCCGGCACGGAGGAAGAGAUGCUCGUCACUCCUCCGCAAAAUGCAUACGAGCGAUCCCUACACUCCGUAUCAGCGCCGAGCAAUUACCCUUCCGAAGCACAUUCAAGCCCGACUUCUGCUUAUAAGCUGAAUCCUCUUCGGUACUGGCAGCCUCAGCGUGGCCACCGAGACCAAAUGCGCCCUCUGGCUGAGUUAAUCAGCUAA